UCCACCUUUGUCAUGGAGAGGAUUCCAACCUUGGUCCUGCUUUGUGUGGUGUGGUCAGCUGUUGCAGCCCUCCAGGUUGACAUCCCUAAGAGUCAGUAUGAGUUUGCCAGAGGAGAGAACAUCACUCUGCCCUGCACAUUUAAAACCACUCAAAGCAAUCCACCCAUUGUCAUCAUCUCAUGGUCUGCUGAGGGUCCAGACACUCCUGCUGAGGAGACCCUCAUUCUGACCCAUUAUUACCCCGCUGGACUCACAGACAUCAGUCCAAAGUACGAAGGUCGGGUGUCUGUGGAUGUAAAUGUUGCUUCUGGCAAAGCUGAUCUUAAGCUUUCCUCCAUCACAAUGGCAGAAAACAAAGAGUUUGAGUGUCGUGUCCAGAUCCCCAGAGAUGAUUAUGGGCAACCAGCAGACACAGCACGUUUGACUGUUCUAGGGCCUCCCUCUCCACCCAUCUGCCGGACUCAGGGUAAAGCAGAGUAUGGUCAAAACAUCAGCCUCACCUGUAAUUCUAUGGAAGGGUUCCCUCCUCCCAGUUACAGAUGGGAGAGCUGGGAUAUGAACGGGACCUCUCGCGUUCAAGACCCAAGCACCGCUGACACUGGAGGCACUCUGUCUUUGUAUGACAUCUCCCAAAACACCUCAGGAAUCUACAUCUGCACAUCAAGCAACAAGGUCCAGUCAGUUAAAUGCCUCAUCAUCCUUCGUGUCAUGCCAUCUCCCACAAGCAUCAGUUCUAAUGCAAGAAUCCUCACAAGAGCUGUCGCCAUUUUGAUCGUAUCCAUCAUGGUCAUCUAUUGCAGUUGCUAAAAAAACAGUACGACCAGCUCGGGUAUCUGCAACAGCACCUAAUAUCGUCACAAAAUCUUAAAGCAGAAGUCAAACCGAUCCAGUCAGGGUCCAGAAGUUCAAUAUCACAUUCCCGCACAACGCAGAUUGACAGAGAUAAACAUGGACCGAUCAAUGUUUCGUUUUUGUAUUCAUGCAAACAAACAUACAUGUGAGGAGUUCACAAUGCUCAUCUUUGUCUAUCGUCCAACUCUAAAAGCAGAGAACACAUUUUGUUGUAAUGUAUGUUUCAAUGACAAUAAAGAUGAUAUUACUAUUACUGAACAAUCAGAACAGUAAACAGACACUAACAACUCUUUAAAUGCUCAUCACUCAGAAGCAGUUGGACUACGCAGUUAAAAAUUAAUCUGCAUGAUUUACACACAACCUCUCGCAGAAACACAAUAAGUCUGUAAAUUUCACAAAGCAUUUCAAACGGUACAUCAACAAACAAAUAGCCCAUGUUUCUAGCUCAGUUCCAGAUCAGCAGAAACUCAUUUUAGCAACGUAGGUAACUGUUACAAAGGUCUUUAGGUUAUAUCUUAGUGUCCAAAUGCUGUCCCAAGUUGUUAUAUAAUUUUAAUCUGAUGAUUAUGAUUAAUUGCAGACAACGAAUCAACCAGCAGUGUAUUUCCUUGUGAAAUGUUUACAUCAUAUAUUUGGAAAUGGAAAUGAUCCGGUCAGCUCAUUACUGUUUUCAUAGAUUAAAAUCCAAAAGGAGUUCACUCCUUUAUCAGUUCUUCAUUAUAUUUCAAAAAUCAACAUUGAUUAAUUGUAUUUGACUUUACAUAAUCACAUAGCAUUUCCAUCCUACUGUCUGCCUUGUUUUGUUCAAAUUUUGGCAUCUCUUUUUUUAUAAGGUAUUACCUUUUUUGCUACUUUGCUUCUUAUCUUCUGCUUUGUCUCAAUCCCCCAUUUGGCCACAGCAGAUGGCCACUCAUCCGGAACCUUGUUCUGCUGGAACUUUCGUUUUCAAACGGAUUUAUAUCGUUUUUAAAGUGGAUUGCUGCAAAUACAAUGCAUUAGACAGGAUUACUUAAAGUUGUACCAAUUGGCCAAAUAACUUGAAUUUGGCUGGAAACGAAUAAUGCCUGUUUAUCUUGUAGGAUGAUAUCUGAUUUGUUGUAAAUUGGUGUUAUACAA